AUGAUUCAAGACAGCCAUGCCCCAGACCUUCGGGUUUCACAGGAGAAGGAUACCUACCAGACGACAACCCGUGAAAAGACAGGUGAUGUCGAAGCUACAGAUUCUAGCAGAGAGCAAGAAUAUCUUCCACUCAGCAAAGUGAUUAUAAUUGUCCUUGCUAUCUACCUAGCUGCCUUCUUAGUGGCCCUCGACCAGACCAUUAUAGGAGUGGCCAUUCCAAAGAUCACCGACCAGUUUCGAAGUCUUUCGGAUAUAGCUUGGUAUGGCAGCGCAUAUUUCUUGACCUCCACUGCGCUGCAGCCCUCGUACGGCAGAAUAUACAAAACUUUUAACGUCAAAUGGGGAUUCUUGACAGCCGUGGGCAUCUUUGAAAUUGGAUCACUUAUAUGCGGUGUAGCCCCCUCCAGCACAGCGUUGAUUGUGGGAAGAGCCAUCGCAGGAAUCGGUGUGGCGGGCAUCUUCUCCGGCGCUUUAGUGAUUAUCUCCAAGACAGUCCCCUUGGACAAACGACCUCUUGUCUUUGGUAUCUAUGGCAUGGUCUGGGGAAUAGCCUCUAUUGUAGGCCCACUGCUGGGAGGAGCUUUUACCGAUGGGAUCUCGUGGAGAUGGUGCUUUUACAUCAAUCUCCCUGUUGGUGGUGUUUCUAUGGCUGUUAUUAUUCUCAUCCUCCGCUUUCCAAGCAACAACGACAACAGAUCUAUACAGCUAUGGAACCGUGUCAGAGAGCUUGAUCUCAUAGGCGCCACUCUGCUUAUUUCUGCUGUCGUUUGCUUGAUUCUUGCCUUGCAAUGGGGUGGAAAUAGCUAUUCCUGGAGAAGUUCUCAAAUAAUUGGACUGCUCGUCGGCUUCGGUGUGAUAGCCAUACUCUUUGCCGGAUUUCAGGUGUAUUUGGACAAGCAAGAUGAGAAAAAUGCUGCAGACAGCAAAAGGGCAACACUACCACCUUCCAUCCUGAAACAGCGAACUGUCUGGUCUGCCGGACUGUUUGCAUUCUUCUUCAGUGGAAGCUUCUUCCUCCUGGUUUACUAUAUCCCCAUCUACUUUCAAAGCGUGAAGGAUUCCUCCGCGAUGACUGCUGGCCUUCAAAUGCUUCCUUUUAUGCUCCUCACUGUUGUCUCCUCUGUGGUAGUGGGUGCCCUGGUCACUACGUUCGGCUACUACACCCCAUUUCUGAUUGGAAGCACUGCUAUCGCCGCCAUCGGGACAGGUCUCAUGACCCUAUAUGAUAUCGACAUAUCCGCCGGUAAAUGGAUUGGAUACCAGAUCAUAGUCGGUGCCGGUGUUGGUGCUGGUCUUCAAGUCCCCGCGACAGCAGUGCAAACGGUCCUGAAGCCGGAGGACAUUCCUGUUGGAACAUCCGCCGUAAUGUUCUUUCAGACACUUGGUGGAGCCGUGUUUCUGACAGUGGGACAGUCCGUAUUUCAAAAUGGUCUGAUAAGAGGCAUUGACAUCUAUGCCCCCACUGUUGAUGCAAGUCAAAUUACCGGCGCCGGGGCGACAGAAAUGAGAAAGGUGCUCACUCAACUUGGCCAGUUAGAUCAGUUGGAUGGUGUGAUUCUUGCUUACGUGGUUGGUUUGAAGGAUACCUAUCGAGUGAGUUUAGCGCUGAUGUUGGCGGCUCUUGCGGCUGCUUGCUUUUUGGAGUGGAAAAGUGUGAAGAAGUCAGAGGAGGACAAGGACGACACUUCAGCUGUCAGUUCGCAAUAGGAUGUUGUGGUCAGAACGGGAUUUGAGUAAUUAGACGAAGUUUAUGUAUCUAGUCAGUAGUAGGCUGACUCGUAUAUGCAGCUAGCAAUCAGUGAAGCGAGUGUUACAUUGCAUGUAAAUGAAUCACGACAUGUGUAUAUGAGAAGCAUGAAAACAUAUGGGAGAAUAUCGCUGCUGGAUUCCAUACAUUGGCCAGAUAUAACUA